CACGUCCGGCUCCCUCCCGCCCCCGGGUGUCCAGCUCGGAAAGCCUGAGCUGCGCUGCUGGCGGGCCGCCAGAGGCUGGCGGCGCUCGCCCUUGCUGCGGACCGCUCGCUGAGGCCGCUCCGCCCCGGGGCAGCGGCGGGCAGCUGGCUGGGCCGUCCGUGGGCGUGGGCGGCCCGCACCGCGUAAACUGCGUUGCAGCCGGCAGCUGAGGCGGGUCGGGCACCGGAUCGCCUCGCCCUGCAGGCAGCCCAGGGUUGGCACCGGCGCUCAGGUGGCCGACUUCCCGGGGCUGGACGCGCAGGGUGAGGGAAGACUCGUUUAUUGAGAACCCUGCACGGGAGUGGGAGCUGGGCUGGAGCCUGAGUGCUGCCUACAUCUGAUACUGUCUUCACUACUGAAUCUGGCUGCCACUAUCCACAGUAUUUACUGUUCGGUCUGUAGUUCCUGAGCCUUGAUUCUACAAGACCAACAGGGCUGUACUUUGUGCUUAGUGUGAGAGCCCUUCCAGCUUUCGCCCUGAAGCAGUUCUAGGUAAUCAUAUACUCUCUUCUGACUUCUGGAGGCGCCGGGCACACGCUUGGUUCACACCCGUUCAAUCAAGGCACUCUUACACAUAAAAAGAAGAGAAGAGAUGGGGAAGAGGCAUGCUGGGGUCCAUGUUUGGGCAGACCAGGACGGCUGCCUCCUCCUGCAGCUGUGUCCCGCUGUCUGGGCAGCUGGUUUGAUGCAUGUGGUCCAUCCUUGAGAGCAGCUCCUCAGCAUGCCAUCAUCCACAAAGCCCCAAUCGCCGGAAGAGACAGUACCUGGCUGCGAAGAAGAGCCGAAAGGAAACACACUUCUCACGUGGGGCUCCCUUUUCGGCCACCGGAGUGAGAAGAUUGUCUUUACCAAAGGUGAUGGCAGCCCAGAGGAGAGCCUGCUCACUGUCACCAUCACGGAAACUACUGUCAUUGAGUCGGACUUGGGUGUGUGGAGCUCAAGGGCUGUCAUCUACCUCACGCUCUGGUUCUUCUUCAGCUUCUGUACGCUGUUUCUCAACAAGUACAUCCUGUCCCUGUUGGAAGGAGAGCCCAGCAUGCUAGGUGCUGUGCAGAUGCUCUCAACGACAUUAAUUGGAUGUGUUAAGAUAUUUGUUCCUUGCUGUUUAUAUCAACACAAAACCCGGCUCUCUUAUCCACCCAAUUUCAUCAUGACGAUGCUCUUUGUGGGCCUCAUGAGGUUUGCAACAGUGGUUUUGGGGCUGGUCAGCCUAAAGAAUGUGGCAGUGUCCUUUGCUGAGACAGUGAAGAGCUCGGCUCCCAUUUUCACCGUUAUCAUGUCGCGGAUGAUCCUGGGGGAGUACACAGGGCUGCUGGUCAACCUGUCCCUCAUCCCAGUCAUGGCAGGGCUAGCCCUGUGCACCGCCACGGAGAGAAGCUUCAACAUCCUGGGGUUCUCAGCCGCACUGUCCACCAACAUUAUGGAUUGUUUGCAGAAUGUUUUUUCAAAAAAGCUUCUCAGUGGGGACAAAUACAGGUUCUCGGCCCCGGAGCUGCAGUUCUACACCAGUGCUGCUGCUGUGGCCUUGCUGAUUCCAGCAUGGACCUUCUUCAUGGAUGUCCCUGUGAUCGGUAGGAGCGGGAAGAGCUUCAGCUACAGCCAGGACAUUGUGCUGCUGCUGUUGACGGACGGAGCCUUGUUUCACCUUCAGAGUGUCACUGCAUAUGCCCUCAUGGGAAAGAUCUCCCCUGUGACUUUCAGCGUCGCCAGCACUGUGAAACACGCCUUGUCUAUCUGGCUCAGCAUCAUCGUUUUCGGCAACAAGAUCACCAGCCUGUCUGCCGUUGGCACCAUCCUUGUCAUAGUGGGUGUCUUCCUCUACAACAAGGCCAGGCAGUAUCAGCAGGAGACCAUGCGGAGUCUGGUCACAGCCACCAGCCGAGGCCCUGAGGAUGACACAGAGCCGCUGGCUCCCCAGGACUCUAGGCAGCACCACUGAGCUCCUGAGGCUGCGUUCCCUGGAUCCCAGCCUAGGCUAUCCUCUGGCACUGCAUGCUGGGAUAGAAAGGCGAACGGAGCAGGGCAGCAGUCUUGCUCCUCGCUGGACAUCAGAUGGGUAUUGAAAACUGGCCUCCACCUGACAGAGGGAUCAAACGACCCGCUGUGAGACAAGCACAGCCCCAGUACCAGCGUGAGUCGCUCUCUGCUUGAUGCCGUCCAGGAGACCUCAGCUUUUAUAUGCCCACCUCCAUGGCAGGCACGGAAGCCUCCUGGUCCUGACAGUCUCUGAAACAGAAGUUCCAGAUGCCAGUGAUUCCAGCAUGGAGCUACAAACCCCUGAGAAACCAGAGUGACAGACAGCAGAGGCCAGUGUCUCCUGCCACAGAGGGACAGGAUUUAUGUGAAGGGAAAGUCUCCUCUUCUUGGCCUGUGCUGCACUGGGCUACCCUGCUCCAGGGCUGCUGGCCCCACGUUUCUGCUGCCCAUGUGGUGGUUGCCCCACUCUGGGAAGGUCGGAGAAAUGUCUGAUUUGAACAGCUGCCCUGGAGUUCUUCUCCAUCUUGGGUAUGAUAAAUGUGAAGCUGUUCUGAAUGUCAGGGCCGACUACCCUGCGAAGGCUCCCUUCAGGAUGGACGAACGGGAAGUUUGGCAGAGCACUGGAGCUUACAAGGUUCUGCUGCAGUUAAAGUGACACUGCUUUUUAACAAAGCAGGCACCUGCCAAGGGUCCUGGGGUGCCUGCAGGUAAGGUGCAUCGAAGUUUACACACAAAACUGGCUCUUCCCCGGGAUCAUAUGAGGCAUGUCCUGAGCCACCAGGUGCCCAGAGCCUGUACCUCCUCACCAGGGUCACUAGUGCCAGAGCUCAAGGCAGAGGGAAGACAGUGGAGCCUUGGGCAUGAAAUGCUGAGGUUCUACAUUAGUCAUCAUUUUGUGAGUUGUGUAUGGGGUGCAACCUGUGGCCAGCCAGUCCUUAAGACUCACCAUUAACCCAAACUCUGAGACCUGUGAACUGUAGCCCCCAGCACUUCCUGUCCCAAGUCCCACUUCUACUCGCUGCACUUCUUCAGUGCCCUGGUGCUUUGCUAGUUUCCAGGUUCUCUUCUUAUCUGGGAAAUACAAAAAUAGCCCUUUGAAGAGAUAGAUUGAAGUGAAAAAGCAAUAAUUUUGUGUAAGUUUUAUUUACUUGAAAAAGUCAUCUGCCAUGAUGGAUCAAAAUUAGGCCUUUUAGUCUGCAGGCCACCUUUUAACAAGAUGAGCUGAGUGCUGGGCACAGGCUCGGUGCGUCCUCACUGUGUGUGUGAGCUCGCCCCACUAUGAAGACAUUGUAUCUGACUUUGCCCAGCUUUCUUGUUCCUUCCUCUUUGCUCUCCCCAAAAUAAAGAUCCAGUGGAGGGAGAUAAUGGCUGCUGGAUUAGUCUGUGCACUAGGCCUGUCUACUCACACUCUGGCUGUGGAGCUGCUGACACACACAGAGGAGCGCAUGCUUGGGUGCUGUAGGAAGAUCUCUGGCCUUCCCCCAGAACUUGUCUACGUGUGCUCAGAGCCUCAGAUGCCUGGCUUCUUUUACUUGGAAUUUCUGCCUGUAUCGCCUGUGUAACUAGGAAAUGGCCCAUUGUGAUGACACAACUCCCCACUUCACCAGCCUCAACAGCCCAUUUUGAUUUCCUAAGGUUAUGGAUUAGAAACGAAAACAAAGAUUUUCUUAAAACAACUUGCUGUAAAGCUGCUUUUGAGACUUGCCCUCAUCAUAGGAGGGAAGGGCGUGCAGUCUGCACUCAGGCCAGCACCAGGAUCCUGGCCAGCUUUCCAUCCCUUCUGCGUCAUUGCCACACCCAGCUACUUCCGCCAGCAUUUCCAGGACAGACCUGGAAUGGCCCUGCCUGGCCAUUUGUUAGGGCCAUCCCAUCACAGUAUUUUUACAUUAACUUUGUUAGUACUUUUACAGAAUACAGUGUUCUUCGUGGAUGGUUACUAACGUACAUGUGGAACUUCUGGGACCAGGUGUUGUUACUUGUCUGAGAUAAUUCCUCCUGAGCCCGUGUCAUCCUCUGGGCUGUUGUAAACAACGCUGGAUGGACCUUCUGAGCCAGCUGCCUGCUAAUUCACUAUACCUAAAGCUAAAAGAUAUACAAAGAUCAAAUUUCAAAAAUACUUCUAAGGGCUCUAGAGAUGGCUUAGUGGUUAAGAACUAGCUCUCUCACUAAGGACCCAAGUUCAGUUCCUAGAACUCCUGUAGGGUGUCUCACAGCUGCAUGUAACUACAGCUUUAGAGAUUUGGAUGCCUCUGGCUCCUCUGGGUGUACACAAACAGGGCCCAUGUAUGCACGCACACACACACAAUUUAAAAAUAAAUACAUUUUAAGACUUCGAUGGUUUGGAGUAUACCUUUGUGGUUCAUCACUGCCAUGCAUUGUGAGACCCUUGAGCUGAUCCCUGGCAGCACGCGUGGGAUAGAAGGAUGAAGGGGAGACAGUCAAACCCUCAAAUUUUCUACUACUAAAAGUCUUUUUAUGCUUUUAAUAAUUUAUUCAUAUUUUAUAUGCAUUGGUGUUUUGCCUGCAUGUCUGUCUGUGUGAAGGUGUUGGGUCCCCUGCUACUGGAGUUUUAGACAGCUGUAAGCUGCCAUGUGGGUUCUGGGAAUUGAAUUUGGGUCCUUUGGAAGAGCAGCCAGUGCUCUUAACAGCUGAGCCAUCUCACCAGCUCGUUUCGUUUGUUUUUAAAUUGGAGCAUGGUGGUAAUUACCUAUAAUCUUAGUACAUUGGAGGCAUUAGGCUAAAUAGUGAUUUUAAGGCCAGUUUGGGCUACUUAUUGAAACCAUGUUUUAAAAAAAAAAGUUUUUCUUGAAUAUCAACAUGAUAAUCUCUUGUUGGGCAGAGGUGGUUUACACAUUUAAUCCCAACACUCAGGAGGCAGAUGCAGGCAAAUCUCGAGUUCAAAGCCAGCCUGGUCUAUGUAGUGAGUUCCAGGACAGCCAGGGCUGUUACACAGAGAAACCCUGUCUUAAAAACAAAUGGGCUGGAGAGAUGGCUUAGAGGUUAAGAACACUCACUGUUCUUCCAGUAGGUCCUAAGUUCAAUUCCCAGUAACCACCUGGUGGCUCAUAACCAGCUAUAGUGAGAUCUGGUGCCUUCUUCUGGUGUGCCAGCAGAAUGCUGUGUAAGUAAUCUUUUAAAAAACAAACAAAGCAUUACAAUCUGUCUGCUGCCUAGGAAGUUGAGAGUACUCUUUCUUUUUUUGUUUGUUUUUUGUUUGUUUUUUUGAGACAGGGUUUCUCUGUGUAGCCCUUGCUGUCCUGGAACUCAUUCUGUAGACCAGACUGGCCUUGAAGUCCCAGAGAUCAACCUCCCUCUGCCUCUCAAGUGCUAUAAUCAGAGGUGUGGGCCCAAUGAGAAUUCUCUUAUGCAAUCCAAAAUGUGUUUCUAUCUUGAGAAAAAUUAAAAUGAUGAAUCAAACAAGAUUAACGACAAUAAAGCGCACAAGGGAAUAUGCCAAGUGAACUUUGUGUCUUUUAAACACCAUAAACACGUGGCUUUGUGGCCCUGCUCUCUGGACGGUCACUUUGCUCAGUGAGUACGGUGGAUGGUUCAGCACAACCUCUCACAUCCAUCCGAGCGAUGUCUUCUAGGACCUGCAGGCAUUCCAUUUCUUCCUUGGGAACGGGUAAACAAAGAUGUUGCUACAGAUGGGAAAGUGUGCCAGUUCUUCCUGAGGCUGUUUCCUUCUGUAACCCACACUGUCCCUGAAGUCCCUGAGCCCCUAGACCCUUGUGCUCCAGCCUUCUUAGUCCUGAAAUUACAAGCUUGCAUCGCCACUCCUGACCCCCUCAGUUCUCUUUCCUUGGUUGUUUCGUUGUGGUGGUAGGGAUAGAACUCAGGGCUUCAGGAAUUCGUGGCUGCUGUUUUUCUCUGAGCUAUGGCCGCCCAGCCUGUUUUCUUAGUUUAUAAAUGUCUUUACUCUCCACAUGAAUUAAAACAGAAACAUACUGAUUGUGGACAAACAGUACCCACCACAAAGCAGAGUGUAGUGGAUUUUAUCUUCAGUGUCUCUGGAGAAGUAUGGUUUCCUGUUGGUUUUGGGGCCUCUGAUUCUGAAUGUGGUGGCUGUUGGACCCUUGCUCACAUGUCCAAGUUUGCUUUUAAACCAAACCCAUUGGCAAAUUUUGUGUGGGGUGGUUUUCUUUUUGUUUGCUUGCUUGCUUGCUUCAUUUUAGUUUCCAUUUCUGGGACACAAACUGCAUAUUAAAUUCAUUUGUAAUGUCUGGAUUUGGGGAUAAUUGUGAGUCUGUAUUUGUUCAAGCAGUAUUGGUACUUUGAAAAAGGCAACAGUUUAGUGUAGUAAGUCCCACAUUAAAAAAAUAAUAAAAUGAAACUUGAUACUAUAUUAGUUGUCUACAUCAAAGCCACGUCAUAUUUGCUUUAUAACAGACAAUACUAGAAAGCUGAAAUGCAUCAUAGAAUGUCUAAUGUUUUGUAUUUCACUGUUUCAGCAUUAACACCCUCUAGAAGAGAAUUCUGUUAGAUAAUUCCAUGAUUCCUGUUAUAAAUUGGUAUUGUGUAAAAAACCCUGUGGAAACCUCUUUUUCUUCAAGCUGCCAAUGGUUCUUGUAUAAAUAUAUGUAACUGUUUUGUGUA